UUUUACUAUAUACAGAGCACAUAUUGACUAUAGUACGUUCAACAUAUAGACAAGCUUAGAUAUACAAAUCUGUUGGAUAUCAAUCUACUGUUUCAGUUUGAUUUUAAAAUGUGCUUUCCAUUUAUUGACGACUGAAUAAAUACCGUAGUUGUAAGCUCAACACAUAAGUUGGCAAUAUGAUGGUCAGAAGAAUUGUGCAAGGUUUUGUCAUUUUUGUUGUUAUCUCUUCGGUACUUGGCGGUUCGAGAAAUAACAUUACAAAGGAUUUGAUGAGAAAUUAUGAUAAACGAGUACGACCUGCUAAAGGAUUCAGCGAAAGUGUUCGGGUCAAAUUUAAACUCCAUUUAAAUCAAUUAUUGGACGUGAGUGAGGUUUCGCAGAAAAUCGAAACUAAAUUAUGGCUUUCACAUCGUUGGACUGACAGCAGAUUGGAGUGGAAUCCUGACGAGUAUGAAGGUCUACAAUAUGUUCAUCUACCAACUGAAGACUUAUGGUUACCCGUCUUCGUUUUAUAUAACAACGCUGACGGAGAUUUUGCUGUUACUGAUUUUACAAAGGCAAAGGUUUAUUCAAACGGCACUAUUGACUGGAAGCCGCCGGUGAUAUUUAGCAGCUUUUGUGAAAUUCAAGUUGCCAAUUUUCCGUUCGAUACUCAAAACUGUACUAUGAAAAUUGGUCCUUGGACAUCUGGUCAGGAUUUAUUGGACAUGGUCAAUUCAGAUGGUGAAGUUAUGAAUCACAAGUGUGAAUCACCUGACAUAGAAAACUAUAACGAAAACGGAGAAUGGAAGAUGUUAUCAACAGGAUGCUACAAGCAUUAUAUUCAAUACACUUGCUGUAUCGGGCCUUACGUGGACAUGACGUAUCAUUUUGUCAUUCAACGUCGACCUUUGUAUCUUAUGAUGAAUAUUCUUUUUCCGACUAUGUUGUUCUCUCUUCUGACAUGUACUGUAUUCUACCUUCCGUCUGAUGCCGGAGAAAAAAUGACUCUUUCUGUUUCUCUACUUCUCUCACUGGUUGUGUUCCUGCUCGUCAUUGUCGAAGCUAUUCCAUCUACAGCAAAAGGUGUACCAUUGCUUGGGCAGUACAUUUUAUUCACUAUGAUUCUUGUUACUCUAUCAAUUAUUAUAACUGUGUUUGUUCUGAAUGUUCAUUAUCGGACACCUUCUACUCACACAAUGCCGGAUUGGGUAAAAAAGGUUUUUAUAGUAUUGCUUCCAAAAAUGAUGUUCAGUUCAACCAUAAAGAAAAUGAAUCCAUUUGCUGAUGAUGAAGAAAUGAAGUCGAAAAAAAAUUUUUACAAUGAAAUUUCAGAUAUAUCUGGCAGUGAAGGAUCUGAUGGUCGAGUCUUGUUGAAUCCAGAUACAAAGGAAGCAAUAGAAGGGAUUCAACUGGUAGCUGAACAUUUUAAAGACGAAGAAGAAAGUUAUAAGGAACAAAUUGAGUGGAAAUAUGUGGCUAUGGUGCUCGAUCAUUUCCUCUUAUACGUUUUCAUUGCUGCUAUCCUGUUAGGCACCAUUGGAAUAUUUGGGAAACGACUUCUUGAACUAGGAUACGAAGAAGAGAUGUUUCGAAAUAAUAAAGAUGAUUGUCUUCUGAACUGUGUCGCUUAAUAUAAAAAGAUGGAAACAUUAAAUAACAAAUAAUGAACUAUAUUAAACCUGAACAAGUACCGGUAGUCAUCACCGGCGGAUUUUUCGUUUUCAACUGAGUAACGUUACUCUAUAAAAUGGGGAUCGAUAUAACAAUAGCAGCAACAAUUCGAUUUUAAAUACCCUGAAAUUAGCUUACUAGUUACUUUCAAUGGUUUGAACUAUUGGGAUUUAUCAAUCAGUAGCGUUCAAUAAUUUUAUGGUAUGUCCCAGUAAUUCGACCACCCGCGUAACCUACCUACAGCAUCGUUUUGUCUUUUUAUGUCGUAUUUGUUUCACAUUUUCACGAGUACAUUGUUAUAUCUAUUCUACAAGAAGUAGAAAAUAUCAAAACUAACGUUGUUUGCCACGAUUGGAGAAUUUCCUUUGAAUACUGUAACCAAGUUUUGGUUUUAAAUUGAUAAAUUCAACUAUUUUUCUAUAUUUUUUGCUUUCUUUAAAUCUUUUCAUGCCUUAUUUUCUUUUCAUUUCUUGUUUUCUUGAUUUUUCUACUCAUGUUGGGACAAGGGUUGUUGGACUAGAUACAUGAUUUAAUGAAACUAAUAAUAUGAAAAUAAACAUUUGGAAAUAUACAAGAUAUUUAUUAUUUUGUCAUAUUUUCAAUGUAAAGAUAGACAAACAUCUCACUGAUAAAAUCGAUAUCGUUGUAUUUGAUUUCAUAGGUUGGAAAUAUUUUUACGCGGAUAGGGUAUCACGAAGUUAAAAACCCUAAUAGUUUCCAAGUAUUACAUAUGUUGCUAAAUAUGGCCACGCGUCAUCAGUAUUUGUAAACUUCCAAUAUGUAGUCAUUUACAGUUUUGAUCAAGUAAAAACACGAAUUCGUAAUUGAACAAGAAAUAACAACGCAAAAACUUUAGUAGCGGUUAUGCGAGAAUGUUGUUUUUAAAGUCCCCUCAAGCCAAGCACACACACAAAAUAACAGUAAAAAUUACUCAAAUUUAAUAUAUCCUCAUUUAUUUGGUGAAAAUAUACAAAAUACAGCACACACAUCAUCAAAAAAUAUUACAAUGCAUGAAUUUGUAACAAACAUAAUUUUGCUUUCGCACAUAGGCUGAAUAAUCAAACAAACACAAAAUCUCAACGGCCCUCCUAGUCUUAUGUCCCUAAACAAUAUACAACAAAAACACACAUCUGGAAAUCACUAUACGGAAAUAGGGUACUGUGAACGCCUCUUAAGACAAGUUGGCAAACAUCAAAAUUGCUGAUGGCCAUUGCUAAUAUACUAAGCGCCAUUUAUGCAUAUAAUAUUGGUAUAUAAAUAGCCAUAUAUAUAUAAUCACGGGCACACUACGCAUAUUCAUCACCAUUUUGGCCAACUUUAACCUAACGAAACCUAUUUCAUUGGCACAAUAAGGUAGCAGUUACUUUAUAUGUCAUGGAACGAAAGAGGUAUAAAAUGCAAAAAAAAAAAAA